AACGUGCUAUCUCUGUGCUGAGAGGAACUCCCUCACCCAUGCAUAAGCAAAUAAAGAAUACUAGAAUUCUAUUGGUGAGAAAGCGCCCUAUGGUGUGGUCGAAGAAUAACAUGCAGAAACCAAAAACUGGGUUGAGUGUUUCAAAUGAGAAACUUGAAGCAUAUGAGUGA